AUGUCAGUCUAUCGAGUUGUCGGCCUCCCCACGGGCCUGUCCAAGGCCAGUACAAAGGAGAUACUCGAUGAGCUCUUUGGCACAGAGACACAGACGAUAGUCCGCUCUCUGGGUCUGUACCCCCACGCGGACUACAUGGUUGCGAUUGUCAUGUUCUUCCCUGUGCCGAGUCCUCUGCUGAAAGGGCAUUCCUGGAAAUUCGACAAGGUCCUGUCAUUCGAGGGCCAAGUGCGGCGUGUCCAGGUCGAAAUCGACACGACCUUUCUCGGUUUCACUCCCUUGAACGUUGUGGAGGACACUCAUGACAGCAGGGUUGACUGCAUUGUCGUCAGUGAAUUUGGCAGUCACUCUUUUGAAUCUUGGAAAGACGGGUGUGGUCAAUUCAUGUGGCUGGUGGACGAUGAUACAGCGUUUCCCCCAAACGUCCGCGUUCUGCUUUACGGCUAUAACGCCUCACUGCGCGGGACCGAGUCAACCCAGAAUCUCACCGACUUUGGCGACCAACUUGCCAUCUCACUCCGGAGUGUACGGCCUUUGUCCAACACUCCAACGCAAUCGAAGGCUCGGCCUAUCGCGUUCAUUGCUCACGGCCUGGGCGGGCUGGUUGUCAAAGAAGCCAUCUAUAGCUUGGCAAAGGAAAAUGAUUUCAACGCCCAAUACAUUUGCGGCUUUGUAUUCUUCGGCGUACCGCAUCAAGGGCUAUUGGUCAAGCCCUGGCUUCGUCUGAUCAAAGAGCAGCCAAGUCGGCAGCUUCUGGAGAACCUCAAGCCAGGGUCACCUUAUCUAAAAAGGCUAGACAAGAGCUUUCAAGAAGCCAUAACUUUCCAGCGCAUGAAAGUGGUCAGUGUUCUCGAGGAAAUGAACACACAGGGCACGCAGAAGAAUAGCAACGGAACCGUGGGGCGAACUGCAGAUGGAGAAUUGCUGGUUCCGAUCGGCUCGGCUCUGGGUCACUGGCCAAAAUCCGUGUCUCUUGGUCAAAUGGCCAUCAAUCGCAACCAUGACAACCUCCCGAAGUUCCGGGGCCGCUUUGACGAAGACUACCAAACAUUCAAACACUGCUUACAAGACAUGUGGGGAACUGCAGUUGAAGAUGUCCAAAGAAGAUUUGGAGCCAACAGGAAGCCAACCAAUUCGAACAUACCCCUCGUGCAGGAGAGGUUACGAGAAGUUUUGCCAGAAAAGGAUCUGCCUGUUGGUCUGAUACCGAUUUGGCCGGAUCCACAUAACGAUAACGCAACCGAUAUUCCAACAGAUGUGGACCUAAUCGCCAUCCAUGGUGUUGGGGGCCACGCCGUCGAGACUUGGACUUGUGGCGAUAGAUUCUGGUUGCGGGACUUUCUGCCAUUGGAUUUCCCUAGAGCCCGCGUGUUGACCUUUGGUUUCGACGGAUCUUCAGUCUUCAACGCCUCCAAACCCAGCAUUGCCAACAUUGCCACCCAGCUGCUAUCUGGUAUCCAGCAGCUGCGAAGAAGCAAAGCCGAAGCGACCGAUCGGAAACUUAUAUUCGUUUGCCAUGGGAUUGGUGGGAUAGUCUUCAAGCAGGCCAUGAUCAUGGCUUGCGAGAGUGAAAGUCGAUACAGUGGGCUCGGAAAGUCCGUGGCGGGUGUCAUAUUCCUCGGCACACCGCAUAAGAAAGCCAACAUUGAUUACUGGUCGGACCUGCUUAAAAAUAUUGCCCUUCUUUGCGAUCAUCAGCAGAACCUGUUGUCCAGCCAUAAGGAAAGAGCCAUUGAGCUGGGAUCUAUUUGUUCGGAUUUCGAGGAGCGUGGAAUGCCAGCGGGCCUACAGGUCUUCAGCCUUUUUGAGCAACAUAUUACGGAGAGAUUAGGAUCUCUGGUAGGCUACUGA